AUGUUCCUUCCGCCCUCGAGGCUCGUCCUGCGGGUGCUGAAUCUCCGCACGGGCUCAGCCGUCCUCUUCUGGCUCCUGGGCCUAGCGCUGCGCUCCUUGCCCCUCUCGGGGCAGAAGCCGGAGGACAAGUACCCGGUGGUGCCCACCAACUACGGCAAGCUGCGGGGGAUCAAGAAGGACCUCAACAACGAAAUCCUGGGACCCGUGGUGCAGUACCUGGGCAUCCCCUACGCCACGCCGCCCGUGGGCGAGAGACGCUUCCAGCCCCCCGAGGCGCCCGCGUCCUGGUCCGAGGUGCGGAACGCCACCGCAUUCGCUCCCGUCUGCCCCCAGAACAUCCACGGCAUGCUCCCGGGCAUCAUGCUCCCGGUGUGGUUCACUGAAAACCUGGAGAUUGUGGCGGGGUACGUCCAGAACCAGAGCGAAGACUGCCUGUACCUCAACAUCUACGUCCCCAUGGAGGACGGUCCGCUCACGAAAAAGCGUGAGGAGGUGUCAACUAACAAUCCCUCUCCAGACGAAGAUAUCCGGGACAGCGGCAAGAAACCGGUGAUGCUGUUCAUCCACGGCGGAUCCUAUAUGGAGGGGACCGGGAACAUGUUCGACGGCAGCGUCCUGGCCGCUUACGGGAACGUCAUAGUCGUCACCAUGAAUUACCGGCUCGGCGUGCUGGGAUUCAUGAGCACUGGCGACCAGUCCGCCAAAGGAAACUACGGGAUCCUUGAUCAGAUCCAGGCCCUGCGGUGGCUGAACGAGAACAUCGGGCAUUUUGGGGGCGACCCGGAACGGAUCACCAUCUUCGGCUCGGGAGCCGGGGCCUCGUGCGUCAACCUCCUCAUCUUAUCCCACCACUCGGAAGGUCUUUUCCAGAAAGCCAUCGCGCAGAGCGGCACAGCCAUCUCCAGCUGGUCGGUCAACUACCAGCCCCUCAAGUACACCCGCAUGCUGGCCUCCAAAGUGGGCUGCGACCACAUGGACACGAGCGACACGGUGGAGUGCCUGAGGCGCAAGGCCUACCGGGAGCUGGUAGACCAGGACAUCCAGCCGGCCCGUUACCACAUCGCUUUUGGUCCCGUGGUGGACGGGGACGUGGUCCCGGACGACCCGGAGAUCCUGAUGCAGCAGGGUGAGUUCCUCAACUACGACAUCCUCAUCGGCGUCAACCAGGGGGAGGGCCUUAAGUUCGUGGAGGACUCCAUGGAAAGCGAGGACGGCAUCUCGGCCAGCUACUUCGACUUCACCAUCUCCAACUUCGUGGACAACCUCUACGGCUACCCGGAGGGCAAGGACAUCCUUCGCGAGACCAUCAAGUUCAUGUACACGGACUGGGCGGACCGGGACAAUGGCGAGAUGCGCCGCAAGACCCUCCUGGCCCUCUUCACCGACCACCAGUGGGUGGCGCCGGCCGUGGCCACCGCCAAGCUUCACGCAGAGUACCAGUCGCCCGUGUACUUCUACACCUUCUACCACCACUGCCAGACGGACACGCGCCCCGAGUGGGCGGACGCGGCCCACGGGGACGAGAUCCCCUACGUCUUCGGGGUGCCCAUGAUCGGCGCCACCGACCUCUUCCCCUGCAACUUCUCCAAGAACGACGUCAUGCUCAGCGCCGUCGUCAUGACCUACUGGACCAACUUUGCCAAGACGGGGGACCCCAACCAGCCGGUGCCGCAGGACACCAAGUUCAUCCACACGAAGCCCAACCGCUUUGAGGAGGUGGUGUGGACCAAGUUCAACACGAAGGACAAGCAGUACCUCCACAUCGGCCUGAAGCCCCGGGUGCGAGACAACUACCGCGCCAACAAGGUGGCCUUCUGGCUGGAGCUGGUCCCGCACCUUCACAACCUCCACGAGCCGCCCUACACCUCCACCACCACCCGCAUCCCGCCUUACGUCACCCGCUGGCCCACCACCCGCGUGGGGCCCAGCACCACCCGCCGGCCCAUCCCCACCCUGCCGCCGGACGAGGACGACGUGGUCCGCCCCCAGCGCUACGUCCCCUUCCCGGGCGACUCGCGGGACUACUCCACCGAGCUGAGCGUCACGGUGGCCGUGGGGGCCUCGCUCCUCUUCCUCAACAUCCUGGCCUUCGCCGCCCUAUACUACAAGCGGGACAAGCGCCACGAACUGCGCAGCGGGCGCCGGCUCAGCCCCCAGCGCAACGCGGCCAACGACCUGGUGCACGGCGGCCAGGAGGAGGAGAUCAUGUCGCUGCAGAUCAAGCACUCGGAGCACGACGCCCACGACUUGGAGCCACUGCGGCCCCACGAGAUCCUGCGCCCCGCCUGCCCCCCCGACUACACCCUAGCGCUGCGGCGCGCCCCUGACGACGUACCCCUGAUGACCCCUAACACCAUCACGAUGAUCCCCAGCACUAUCACGGGCAUGCAGGCCCUUCACCCUUUCAACACCUUCCCCACCGGACACAACAACACCUUGCCCCACCCUCACUCUACCACCCGCGUAUAGUCGCCCUCCCCUCCGUGCCCCUCGGCCGCCCUGGCCCGCCCCGCUCGGGCAAAGAGCGGGCCACCUUUCCUGUGGACGGGUCUUUUGUACAACGUUGCGGGGGGAGGGGGGUCUAGCAGACGGAGGGGUCAGGCGAUUCAGAGGUCCGCCCGUCUGUCCCCACGGCACACGGCACGGACGGGCUGGCAACGGUUCUCCGCCCUGCUUGGGUCCCGACACCCUUUGGCGACACCCGCGGCAUGGCAUGGCAGCAGAGGAGGGCGGCACCGGCGAUCUCGCUUCCUUUUGGGGCGCUGGGGGUUCUUUCCGGCACGAGGCGAAGAAGCGGGUCGCCUUCCCACCCUCGUUUUCCGGACGGGCGGCGGAAGAGCGGCCGUGGUUUUCGCCGGCGCUCCCGGGAGGAAGAUUGGCCUGCCGUUCCUCGUCCAUCUGGGUCCGGGCGGCAAAGGCAUCCUUUGUCCUUCCGGGCGGAGAUAAGGGAAGUCUGACUCGCAGGGAAAGGGAGUCCCCGCCGUGGCUGAGAUUGACAAAAGAAGGCAGUCCCUCUGCCCCCAGGGGGGUCGGCAACGCCACUCAAAGCUGUCGGCUCGGCUUGGAUGGACGGACGGACGGUGGAGAGGAGGGGUGGGAGGGUCAAAGGUCAGAGAGAGGGGAGAAAGAGAGAGAGGAGCCGGUUCGCUUUGGCGCAACCUCUCUCUUGGUGGUGAAGGUGCCCUGUGGUCCGCUCAGCGUCAAAUUCCCAGUGCUGGAUUGCUGCGGAGGGAGCAGCCGGUCAGCCCAGACAAAUUCUGGGCUGAGAGAGGUUUGCUAGAGAUCCUGCCCCCUUUCUUUCACCCCCCCUUAUUUUUCCUUUUUCGAGUCUGUCUGGCGGAGGUGGAGAGAGAGAAGGGAAGGAGACCUGGAGGUGUGUGUGUCCAGAGUGCAGAAGCAGGGGCGCGUUCCUCCCCAAGGCAGUGGUCCCAGCGAUGGCUGGUUCACGGCUGCCGAAAAAGGGUCGCCCUGCUGGAACGAGCAGUGACCUCUGCCUCUCUUCGCCGUUGGGGGGGGGUACUUGUCAAAAUCCCAGUGCCUUCCUUGCACAAUUUGCAGAGGGUUAGUUGACCCUUUCUCGUCCGCGGGGGGCAGGGCCGCCAAUUUGCUGCCCCCACCUCCCUCCAAUUUGGUGCAAGAGCUAAAGCUUUGCCCAGAAUCACUAGGUGUUGUUGUUUUUUUGGGUGGGUGGGUGGGACUUGACAGACAGUGUGGGGAUGUGGAGCAUCUAGAAGGGAACCCAGAGAGAGGGGGUUCAAAGCGGGGUGGGGGUGGGCAGGCAGCAUGCGCCAACUAGCUUGUUCCCAAGGCGAAAUUUUUGAAUGCAACAACUGGAAAUCCGCUUUCCCCCCUGAAGGGUCCCCCCCCGAAGGGUGUGACUACAAGAUUUGGGGAGGAGGGGGGAGCUGUUAAGAAAACCUACAAAGGUACACUGCAUGUUCCAGGCUUUAUUUUUUUAAUUUUUAAAGAUCUGAGCAAGGAAACGAAGGAGUGGCGAUCGCGGGGCGUGGGGUGUCAGAGUUUCAGUCUCUUUGGGAUGGGGGAGCAUCGCUUACCUUUUGCUUCGGAGAACCCAGACCUCCCCCCAGAUCAUUUCUCCCCCCACAACCCCUCUUCUAUGGCAGUGGGGGGAGGCUCCCCUCCCUUCCUGAACACCCUCCUCGCGAGCUUCUGAACUUUCGCGGCUUUUCGGGUGGGAUUCAGCCACGCAUGGGCGCAAAAUUCACUUUGUGCAGAUCUAAUUGGCCGGGAGGUCUUGUGCCAACAUACCCAUUUCUCCCCCCCCCCCCACACAAAUGUCAUAAAAACAAACUCGCGGGCAUCCGCUGAAACUGGGUGUCGUAGGAUUCAGGGCAGGCGAAAGCCCGUCAUGGUGCGACACAGAGUUAAACUCUGGAACUCCCUGCCACAGUGGCCAUUUCUCAGGGCUUUAAAAGAGAAUGAGGCAAAUUUGUGUGCUCUGACUUCACGGAGACCGUGAUGCUUCUAGAUUUUACUUGCUGGAAACCACAGGAGGGGAGAAGGCUCUUGGGCUCGGGUCUCGCUCGUGCGUUUACCAUCAUGUGCAAAAUGCGCCCGAAAAUGAGGGAGGCCACCCACCCAUUCUCUUGACCCAUGCUUUGAUUUUAUCGUCUAUUGGUUAAUUCUCCCGGGUCCCAGGAGGUUCUCUCGCCAUUCUGCAGCCGCGCCUCGCAAUGAUCCGAUCGCACCCGCAGAGGAAUUGAUGCUCGGUUAAGCAAAACCUCUAUUUUGGAUUUUUCGCGCAUCUGAUAAGAUCCAGUUCAGAGAGCAAGAUCAGAUGUCCGCAAAGCACAGCCGUGGAACAGCGGGAAAGCCCUCGAACCUGAUCGGUCGGGACACAGUGCGAUCAAAAUAUGGGUCAAACAAAAGUGGGUGAAGCCCACAAAAUCCACAUUUAGUGUGAUUGAUUUGCCCCUGGAGGUGCGUACCCGAGCAGCCUACAUUCAGGUGUGAUUUUUUAACCUGUCCAUUCUCCCUGUUUCACACAAUUUGCUGUUUUAAGCAACCUCGCCCCUGUAGCUAUUCGACAUCAAAAAUGCCCGUUUAAAAAUAAAUAAAUCACAGAAAGCUUGUAAGGAGCGCUUUUAAAGAGGUGACCUUUCUGGAUUUUUGAAGGACAGGGAAUCUCUGGUUUUUAGCAGGGUGGGGAGUUUGGGACAGCAGUUGUUUCCAGUGAACAAUGUGUGGGUCCUUGCUGUGACGCAAUGCCAUCCAAUUUCCUUGCAAACAGUUCCUCUGUAAAUAAAUUGGCACCAAGGCACAAGAAACAGGUCACCCGGAAUCACCCUGUUUCUCUGCAUAAAAUUUCUGUAAAGUGGGUGCUUCCAGGUGGGUCCUUAUUCCAGGAUCUGUGGGUUGCUGUUUUGCAAGUGCAAUUUUGUUUUGUUUCGCACAAGCCGCAGGACGUUUUUGGCGUCGGGAACGCCAGCCCGUUCGCCCUCCCCUUUUCCUUUUUCUGUGAAGCAUCCAGCAAGUUAAAAAAAACAGCCGCGGUUGCCAGUGAAGGAAUGAACGACGCUAAGCCCCAGCUUGGUCCAUCGAGAGCUGCAAAUUUAAAUUGGUGUGAAACAGGUUUAAAAGUUACGCUUCUCCCCCUCCAAAGAACGUCGUUUGGCAAAAAGUGCAGAGUGUGCUUUUGUUAGUGACUUGCAGCCUUUUCCUACCGGACGGCGGCUACUCCGGUUCGCAGAAUUGGGACAGCUGGAAGGGAACCCCAAAGUCAUCUAGCCCAACGCCUUGCGAUGCAGGCUCCUCAUUCCAGAGACAAGGCAGUUGCGAUGGGUUUAGACGUGCGCCUCCUCCUUUGCAAACCUGUUCCCCCCUUGUUCCUUCCAGGAAGGCCCAACUUUCCUUCCCUCUUUGGGCUAGGUUUUCCGUGCACGACGCAGCUGGGAUCCGACCUCUCUCCUCCUAGAGCGAAAUGAAGUUUUGGAUUUCUUCCCUCUAGUUACGUCUGGGUUGGCAACUGACCCAAGGAGCAGGUGGGAUAGCAGGGUGAGGCCAUGAAACAGCACCCUUCAAGAGAGAAGCUCUAGCACAGAAAACCGAGUCGAAAUGUUCAAAGCCCUUCUUCGUGCAGUGCCGAGUUAGACUACGGAACUCCGUGCCACCAGAGGCAGAGAUGCUUCC